CAACCAGCUGGCAAGAUAAGAGAGCUCAAAGUCUCUUGGGCCAAAACUCUCCACUUGAAUAAAAUGUUGUUCAGUCGAAAUCGGAGACCAUCAGAAGCUAGUUAGGAGUGGCAGAUGCUAGCAAUGAGGCCUUGGCUGCAUCGCCUUUGCUCUAAAUGUGUGGUCAAGCUGUUGCCUCUUCUGUGCUUGAGUCUGAACUGCAGCACUUUCUUAGCAGCAACUGUUUCCCCAUCUGCAGGUCCCCGGGUCAAACUCAGCUACAGUUUUGGCCGAACUUUUUUGGGACUUGAUAAAUGCAAUGCCUGCAUUGGAACAUCCAUUUGCAAGAAGUUCUUUAAAGAAGAAAUAAGGUCAGACUCUCCGUACCAUGUUUGGGGUGGGGACAAAGGGAAGUGGAAGUCUAGCUCUAUUAAUAUUGCCAACUGCUUGGGGUGGUGGGCAUUGGGAGGAUGAGCUGAAGCAUGUAAUUUGUCACCAGUUCAUAUCUGCUGUAUGUGUACUUGUCAGUAGUGAAUAUCACCUUUAGAGCCAUCAUAGUAAAUCCCCACAUCGUCACCCUGUGUAAUUUGUAGUUGAAUCCUAUGCCCAUUUACUUGGAAGUAAAUCUCACUGAACUCAAUGCAUGCAUUCUCUUGCACAGGCUUCCACUGUUAAGUUGUCAAAUGACUAACCUGUCUCAGAAUCAUUUUGCACCAAUACCAUUUUCAGGAGCUCUUUGCUUAUAGGCAGCUGUUAAAAAGUUGCUGCUUCUGCUGCUUCUUCUUCUUCUUCUUCUUCUUCUCCUCCUCCUCCUCCUCCUCCUCCUCCUCCUCACCCCCUCCCUUCACCACAAGGUCCCAGGGUGGGUUACAACAAUUACAUAUAAAUUUUUGAGAACAAAUCCUGUUUUAAAUACAGUUAAAACAGAUUACAAUCAAGAGAAUAAGAUCCUAAAAUACACAGGUGCCAAAUGUCAGGGUAAAGAGGUAAGCAAAGAAUAAAUUUUAACAGCUAUAUUUUAAAAUAUGAGUGCAACCACCACCUAGAAUGUGCAUAAAUACAUCUUGGCUGUGUAGAGUGAAUCUGCUGCACUUCAUUCACGCUAGGAAAGGUGUUAGAAAUGGAAUUCAUGUGACCGGUUCUAGCAAGGUUAAAUUGAAAUUGAUUCCUGUUAGCUCCAUACAGGCUCUAGAGGAGCUCACAGCUUUAUUCUGGUCUUGUUUUUUGUUUGUUUUUUUAAAAAAACAAUAUAGGCCAAAAUAUUGGAAUUCCAGUAUACCAUCACCAGAAAUCCCAAAUAGCAACAGAGCUGCUAAAUAAAACCAGUAUAUUUGCCUAAAGGUAAAGGUAAAGGGACCCCUGACCGUUAGGUCCAGUCGCGGACGACUCUGGGGUUGCGGUGCUCAUCUCGCUUUACUGGCAAAGGGAGUCAACAUUUGUCUGCAGACAGUUUUUCCAGGUCAUGCGGCUAGCAUGACUGAGCCGCUUCUGGCAAAACCAGAGCAGCACACAGAAAUGCCGUUUACCUUCCCGCCGGAGUGAUACCUAUUUAUCUACUUGCACUUUGACAUGCUUUCGAACUGCUAGGUUGGCAGGAGCUGGGACCAAGCAACGGGAGCUCUCCAUGUCAUGGGGAUUCGAACUGCUGACCUUCCGAUCGGCAAGCCCUAGGCUCUGUGGUUUAGACCACAGCGCCACCUGUGUCCUUGUAUAUUUACCUACCAGACGCAAAUGCCUUUCCUGAAUAAAUAGUUUCUAACCUUCUAAAAGUCAGGACGACACCAGCUGCAGAGAAGGCUUGGGUUCUUUCAGCCAACUGCUGACCCUCUGAUGGUGGUGGCAUGCAAAACAGGGCCUCACCUCAAGAUCACCUUAAGGCACAAGGGGAAUAUACAGCAGCAGAAGGAGGAGUAAGCAGGGUUCAGGCUGCAUAGCACUUCAAAAUGUCAAACCCAGCUCAUAAUAAGAGCUCUACUUUAGGUGGGCUGUGCCGAAGGAUUUAUUUUUCUUUACAUUAUCAAAAUUGACUGAAGCAUGAACGAGGCUCAAACAUUUUCAUCUUGCCAGGAUUUUGUUAAGCAUGUCAGGACAAUUGUCAAACAUAAAUAUUCUUCUAGUGAGAGUAAAACAUCUACACAAACCAUUAUCAUAAUCAUUAGAUCUAUUUCAGAUUCACAAAGCAGAGAUAGCCAAGAUAAAAGUUAUUAAGGUAGAUGACAGCAGGUAAAGAGAUUUAAAAGGGAAGAGUUCACUCUCUUCUAAUAUGAUUUAUAUACGGAAAGGUGCUUUUAAAGAAUUGGCAGCAUGGUGGUGAAAAAAUUGCUAUAUUAAUAAAUUAUAGUUUUAAUGCACCACUAGCUAUAUUAUUACUAUUACACCAAACAGAGUCAAAUUACAUUUUUAGGUAUCUGCUUCUAUAUAAAAUAUACUUCACUAAAGCAAUAAAAAGCCUUGGUGGAGUUGCUAUAAAAGACUCAUUUCGCGUUUUACAUUUAUAUUUAAACCACUAAAAUGCCUAUCAUUAUGACAGGUGGGUCGUGACUCUAGAGGAAAGACCUAUAGAUUGCAAGAACCCUGGCAAUGUACAGAAUAUCUACAGCCUGCAUAUUUUUGCUAAUAUACAUGGGAGAGAAAGUAAAGAGUUCAUUAAGAACCACUCAGGAGUCAAGGCUAGGUCUUCGUCCACUCUUGGUCUGGUGUGAAUUUGGAGACAAACUGGACUUAUUUGUUGAUUUAGUGACACAUAACCCACCCUUCUAGUACUUUUGCAGAGUAUCUUACAACAACUAAAAUACAACAUCCCCAUAAUAAAACACAAUACAAAAUAAUAUCUAUGAAUGAAAGCAGACCAAACAGACAUAAAUCACAAACAACAUUCAUCAUAUAAAACAUUAUCUCCUGAAAGGUUUUCACAAGCUGGUGGACAGUUGCCAAGGAGAUGGGCAAAGAAACCUUAAAGGGCAAAGUUUUCUAUAUUAUGGUUUGGCUCUGCAUAGUAUGUAUAAUGUUUGGAGAGUAAGAGCUCCACAUUAAGGAAAAUAUACAGAAGAGCAGAUUCAACAAGAACAACAACAACAACAGAAUCAGUGUCUUGGGCACAAGCUAGCCUAAAUCUGCCCAUCACCACUUCACCCACCCCACACCAUCCUGUUUCUCUUUAUGGCUGAGGAAGGUGGGCACCUUUCCUGGCAUCAUUGACUAGCUGUUAGGCACAGACCCAAGGGAGUAUUUGGAUGAAGAGGAGAAACUGGAGAUCUGAUAUAUUAUUUGUCACUAAGAGGAUACUUAUGGGACCCUGUUAGUUAAAGUGCAGACCAGUAGUUUUUAAAAUAGUCAUCAUUCACACUGAAUUACCUCAGAAACAACUUAGCAGGGAUUUAUCAAUGCUCUCCUGAGUAAUGAUUUCCUGAAAGGCAACUUGCCUGCUUGCACUGCCAGUCAACCUAAUAAGUGUAGCCAGUACUCCACAUAAAAUGAGUGUGCCCAUGGUAUGCUGGACUCCAACUCCCUUCAACACAGCCAGCAUGCUCAAUGGUUAGGGAUGCUGGGAGUUGUAGUCUGCAAUAUCUGAAGGGUGCCACAUUGAUGGUCCCUGUUACGCAGUUUUUUGCAGCUCAUGGUCUUACUUUGCUCAUUCUGAUUAGCACUUUGCUACAGCUUCUUCACUGGAUGGAAGGGUUUAAUAGCAAACAGCUACCGUGACAGGUGCAGGGGUGGGGAAGGGAGAUGCUGAAUCCCCCCCCCCCCAAAAAAGAGAAAUCCACCAUGGGUGGACCAUAGGUAUGCUUUAUUUAUUUCACUUCAGGCUGUAGUAGAUUCUGCUGAUUCUGAGUAUAUCAGAACCAUUCUGAAUGAAAUGUAUCAUUCAUUCUAAGAAGUGGUAAUUCAUACCUGUUCUGUUAUCAUGCAACUUCACGCUACUCCUCUUUCCUUUUCUUAUCUUUGUCUGGAUUAACUCUCAUUAGCAAAAUGGAAUUACUAGCUCCCCACCCUGUUGAGUAAUGAGUUCUGGCCUAUGUGGUAAUAUUGCUUUUAAAGCCUGAGAUUAAAUAACUUGAUGUAAGAGUGAACUGCUAUUCUGGCAACACCCAUGAUAAGCAUUUACAAAGCAUGUCAGGUCAUUGGUGAACUGGUUAAAUGCAGAUAGAGUCAUGUUCCCAGAGCUUUUUACCUUUGCCCUGCAGGUUUCCAGAUGAAGACAUCCGUUUGGGUUAAUUUAUGUUCUUGUUGGUACUGAGUGUUAAUGAUAGGAUGCAGCAGUUUUAAUUGAUUGCAAUGAACAAUGGCAAUUAUGAAUCACUUGCAUACAAACCACUUCACAACCUUCAUAAAGUUUGUCCUCAAAGGAACUCUGUUAGGCUUGCCUUGGAAAUUCCCAUUUCAUAGUUGGAGAACUUAGGCCAAGAAGGAGGCUGCAUCAGGUUUCAUGGCUGAACAGGGGGCUUCACCCCAGCACGACUCUCUCAAUACCAAAUUACCCCCUUGGACCUGUCCCUGUUGGCAUUUAUCUGUCUGAGGAGACAAUGGAAGGGUGUGCCUUUAGGGGUUAAGUCUAACUGUUGGAGAGUUACAGUGCCAGCUGUUGCUGUAGACCACAUUGACUCUUAUUUAAGGGCCGCUUAAAAGUCCACCCUCACCCCCGCCCUCCAAUAUGUACCUGUAGGCAUUUUUACAUAUGCUUAAAGACGCUCUUGCUUCAUUAGGUUUAAACAUGAAAAUGUGAAUCCUGUAUUAACCAUAAUGUUCAUUGGCAUUGCAAAUGCCUCUCCUCCGUCUCCCUUGCACGAGCGACAAUCAGAUAUGAAAAUAAAUAAAAUAAAGUAAAAACGCCCCUCAGAUUUCCUGGGUCCUGAAAUGAAACACAACUUUGAAUUCUCAAAGCUGACAUUAAGACUGCUGCCCAGAUUGUUUUUACUCCCUCCUGCGCUUGUGCCUGAAGUGCACAAAUGUAGCAGGCAAAGCUCUUCCCAUCUUUGUAACUCCACACCCAGUUAGGCAAAGCAUCACUUUUCAAAAAUUCUCCAUGUCAGGUUGCUGUCAAAGUGAAAGGAGCAGAGUCAGUAAAAGGGGGAAAAAGUGCUGAAUAUCUAAGAAUUACUCCUCAUUUAACAGGUUGCAUUCAGACAGCACUUUAUUUUGCUUUCAUGAAGUUACCUGUUAACUUUCACAUUUUAUGUGAACUUUCACAUGAUAUGAAAAAGCCACUGCUGAAAAGCUACUGGAAGUCUAGCACUCAUUUCCAGGGGGACAAAAAACAAGUGGCAACCCGAUUAAUCCAGAAAAAUUGUGGGAGUUCAUUCUAAUUUCAUGCAACCCCUUUAACGGGGAACCCUGGCAUCGCUGCUGCAGGGGGGGCCUGGGUCACUGCUUCAGGACCCCCCCCCCCAUUUUAGGGAAGAAAAGACUAAAGGAUUCCGCCCAAGGCCUGAAACCGCCAAAGUUGUGACAUUUUGCUACGGGGAAGGCAAAACCUGCCAAUGCAGGGAAAUUCCUUCCCGGUCCUUUAACAGCAACCAAUGACAUAGCAGCGUCCGCAUACCUGUGGAGAAGAGGUUAACCUGCAAAAGAAGGCAUAACUGAGAGAGGGCAGGGUGGGAGAAGCUCUGGAGCCGACUGAGGACUCCCAGGUAAGUUCCACCCUCUAUUGUGUGGGCAGGGCGGUCCCACCCUACUUGGCCAACUCUCCUGGCAACGCCCCCCCCCCCGGCCACUGGGAUUGGUUAACUGAGGUUAGGCAGGAACCUCCAGGUAUCCAGCGUGGGAGGGGGCAAAGGCAGGUUGUAUUUUAGGGAGCCGCGUAGGAUGGGGGGUGCUGCGCGUGACCAUGCAAAAAACGCCCCUCAUUUGAUGUGGGGAGCAGUCAUUAUUUCUGUUUAAGGCUGUGGUAGAUUCCUUGCAAGUCAGGCCAUCUAAGGUGCUGAAGGUGGCAUAAAUGGUUCCUCCCCAUUUUAUCCUGUCAUCUUGCAUGUGGGGUAUUCUAGGCUGAGCGAUAGUGACUAGCCCAAGGGCACUCAGUCAGUUUCAUAGCUAAUUUGGGAUGUGAAUACAGGUCUUCAUAGUUGAAGGCAAGUCCUCUAUCUCUUACACCACAAUAAUUCCCUGUGUUCUGCGAGUAGGGUCCAUGGAACACAGUGGGACUUACUUCUGAGCAAACGUGCAGAGGAUGACACUGUCUCUGUGAUCAUUCACAAAUCUAACUUGCCAAUUCAACAUUCUCCCAAACUCAGAGGAGAUAAAGGAUUAGAUUUCAUUCAGUUUUGUAGAGGAGAAAUGAAAUCAAUUUUAAGAUACUCAUGCUCAAACCACACACUCCGAAGGGAUUCUGCUAGAAUUGGUUUUAAAGCAAGGGAUUGUGUGCCUAAAACUGUACACAUCUCUCAAGAUCCAAUUUCUCAAGAUCCAAAGGAAGAUAUGCAUGUGCAUUCUAAAAAUUAAAUUUAUGCAAGGGGGAGGGAGGCAAAUUUUAAAGCAUGGAAUCUAGUUUUGUUUUGUUGAUGGAUCUGCAUGAGCUUGCAUUCUAACCCAGCUGUAACCCAAACAAUCUUGCCAGACUGUCUUCAGCUCUCAAUGAUUAACAUUAAAUUCAUGAUGGGGUUAGAUAAGGAUAUUUUUUCUACAUUCACAUGGAAAAUUGGAACAAUUGGGAAAUUUUCUUGAAUGCCUGCCAUUAGACUAAAUAAAGAAGAAGUUCAUGAGGAGUCAACAUUAUUUGAAUGUUUUAUCUAUGCAUCUGCUGCCCCAGGCUCCUUUGGGAGGCAGGGUGCGAUAAAAAUUGGAUAAAUUGUAAUAACAAAGAAUAAUUCUUAUAUAAAAUAGCUUGUAGGAGAGAGAAGAAAGUGUUUGUGUACAUGCACACAACUGAUUGAGGGGCAUAAUGAAACAAGAGAAUCCUGAAUUGGCUCCAUUUACUUCCUCAGGAAAAGUAGAAAAAAAGGAGACGGCUCCCUCUCAUAAACAAUAGCAAAUGAGAGAGGAAAGCCUCAGAAAUAACAUGCAUAUAAGGCCAAAAUUUGACUGUUCCAGUUGACUGUUAGCUGAGCAUGUGACUGUUUCCAGUUGUCUAGGUAUUUUGCAGUCAGAAGAAUGGAACAGUCUCCCUCAGGAGGUUGUGGACUCUCCUUCCUUGGAGGUAUUUAAGCAGAGGUUGGGUAGCCAUCUGUCAUGGAUGCUUUAGCUGAGAUUCCUGCAUUGCAGGGGCUUAGACUAGAUGACCCUUGGGGUCUCUCUUCCAACUCUACAAUUCUAUGAUUUAUGAUUCUAUGAAGACAUAGGUGGUUCUCCCUUUUCAAUUGCACAAAGGAACUUAGUGCCUGUUUCUUGUGCCCAAUUAUUAUCAUCAUUGCCAGAUUUGUAUUAGGAAGUGUUACUGACUGAACGCCUUUAUCUUGACCACUGGCCCCAGUCAACAAGGCCAAUGGUUAGUCUUCCAUCUACGCUCAGAAACAACCCUCCUAGUAUUGUUUUUGAGGCAAAAAUAGUAAAGGUAAAGGGACCCCUGACCGUUAAGUCCAGUCGCGGAUGACUCUGGGGUUGCGGUGCUCAUCUCGCUUUACUGGUCGAGGGAGCCAGCGUUUGUUUGCAAACAGCUUCCGGGUCAUGUGGCCAGCAUGACUAAGCCGCUUUUGGCAAACCAGAGCAGCGCCAGAAACACCAUUUACCUUCCUGCCGGAGCGGUACCUAUUUAUCUACUUGCACUUUGUGCUUUCGAACUGCUAGGUUGGCAGGAGCAGGGACUGAACAACGGGAGCUCACCUGUCAUGGGGAUUCGAACCGCCGACCUUCUGAUCGGCAAGCCCUAGGCUCUGUGGUUUAACUCACAGCGCCAUGUAGCAAGCUUUAAACACCUCUGGAAGACCCAUCAAUUUAACCAGGUUCCCCCCUGGCCUAUAAGAUUCACCACACUGCUCUGUUUUGUUGUUGAUAUGUAACUGAAUGUUUUAUUGAUGAUGUCUCUGUUUUUACCGAUGCAUUUCUUUGCAUUUUGGUUAUAUGCAGUAUAUAGAUUUUUUAAAAAAUAAUCUUAUCGUGCUUUAUGUAAACUAGGAAUUUUUCAUAUCAAGGGGUAUGUAAAUAUAUUAUUAUUAUUACAACAACAGACAUUUAGAUGUUAUAGUGAUUUCUUCUGUUUUUUUAUAAGCUUCCCUUCUGUGGCUGCUUUCCAAUUUAAUUUCACUCCUGGAUAUUAUUGUGUGGAAUUGGAGUGGAGGGGGAAUAAGUGAUAGCUUUAUCCAGUUUCAAAGAAUAGAGCCUGCUUGAUAAAGGCUUUGUGCCCUAAUAAAGAGUGGAUACUACUUAGCCACCUUAUAGAUUUGUUUUGGAAUCCUACCUGGAAAUGUGAGAAUUUGGCAGGCACCGCGGUCUGCUGGUGCUUAGCUGGGCUAAGGUAGAUUAACAACAUUGCAUGUCUUGAUUUGAUGGCAGGUUUGACAGCUGGCUUUCUUCCAGUUUAAAACUCCCUCCCAGCUACCUCUCCUACUACUCUGGGAACUACUCAGAUGACACCGUAAGUUGGCGGCCAGUGGAUCUCUCCAGAUUAACCACAAAAUACCAGCACGACCAAGCAGACAAGAGGAUUUGCACUUUUCUUACCCACACAAAAAGCUGCAGCAUCGAGCGAGUCUUGUGGAAAACAGAGAGAUUCCAGAAAUGGCUAAAAACAAAACGCCUCACCCCUAACCUGGUCCAGGUUGGUAUACAGGGCCCUGAAAUAUGGAAUUUACACAACAGAGUGUUUAACGGGAGUAAAGUGUUUUAUUUUUAUGGGAUCUGGUUCUCUUGUAUACACCCCACCCCAACACACACACACACCACACAUCACAAAGAAAUCACUUGUAAUUUGCUGGAUCUGGCUCAGUUUCUACUAGUUUUCUUCACUACUUGGAUACAGAAGGAAGCCAUAUACACACCACAGUCACACCUGAAACUAAAGUUAACAUAUGGAUGGGGUGCAUGCCACCACUUAGUAAAAGCCAUCCAUAAUAUUGUGCAAAGAGGUGAAGAAAAUCUUGCCACACCCCUGUACCUGAUCAGAAACCAAAUCAAGGAAAGAUUCUCUUCAUGCAUGCACACUGUCCGAAUACGCAAACUGCAAACAUGUCAGAAAAUAAUUAUUCACCUUAGCCUCUUGAAUCUGUAUGGUACGGAAAAUCAAGCAAGAGUUUGGCAGUCCCUUAGAGACGAACAAAUUUAUUAUGACAUAAGUUCCCAUGGACUGCAAUAUGCCAUGGAUUUGCUUUUGUUUUUGUUACUUCCUCUUAACGUUCCCACCGACUGCCAUCUUUGAAGGCUAGCCAUUGUUCAGUGCUUACCUCCUAAACUGCAUAAGCUAAUGUGGGGUGACAGGGUUAUGAAUUUGGGCCAGGCAUGUUGGAACAAGCUGGUGACUGGUCUCUUCCAAUCUGGGAGAAAACGCCUAUUGCAUAAGAAGCUUCAGCAAAAGUAGCAACCUGAUCUUUACGCUUUUAGACCCAUCCCUUCUAGGUGUUGGUGCCAGUGACUUUCCUUAAAGGGCAACCAAAGCAUUACCUGCUGCUCAGCUGAUGCCAAUGUCUGUGGGGGCGUCGUGUCAAGGUAGGGCAGUGUCGGGUCGUCCUCCCCCCCCCCCCAGAUUCUGGCAGACACAGCCACCCUACAGAAGAAACUUGCUAUCCUCCUAGAGUAUCAGACACUCUCUGGUGGCCUCGUGCCCAGAGAGAGGCAGGCACCAGCCCAGCACUGAAGUGUCUUUCAUCUCUCUCACCCAACUAUAGUGAUGCAUGUCAUGCAAGAGGAAGUCUGUUGGCCUUUUUACUGAAUUCCUUCUGAGUCACGUAGGUUGAGUGAAGAGAUAAAUCUCAUCUUCUGGCCGUAGUUCCUGCUGUUUGGGGACAGUUGCUGGGCAGUUGCUGUCUCCAAGGAACAGGAGCAAAAGGCCAAGAAUUGGGGGGAGGCAAACAACAAAACAGCAGCAAAGCAUACCAGCAGCACUGAAGAGCAAAAGAAGGAAGGAAGGAAAAUGGAAGCAACAGCACUGGGCAAUCGGGCAUUGGAUACCCAGAACUCUUUGUUGGGGGAAAUGUACUGUGAAUACUUUAAAUACAUAGGGUAUAUGCAGCAGUGGCCAUCUUACCCUCAAACACAGGAUGCUGGUUUUUGUUCUUGUUGUUGUGCAAUUGUGGAGAAAGAAAGAUGCUGACCACUAGUUGUACCAAAGAGCCUUCACACAUUGGGCCAGCAGAUAAAUGGUGCUGGUGUUAACAGCUGAUUUUCAAAAGAAGGAAUCGUCUAUUUAAGUAACUGAGAUGUUUUGCCAAAAGGGAGUUAUAGGAUGGGCUCUUUAGAAACUUUUUGUCUCUUACUUGACUCUGUCAAACAAAUGCUGGCCUGUUUUGUUCUUUCCUUCUUCAUCCCUCAGAGCUGCUACAGGUAGGCAUUUCUUGGGUAGGAAUAACAUUCCAGUCCUUGGAAUAGAGCAAGCUCCACAGCACCCACCUGCAUGCCCAGUGGCAGAUUCAAAGAAACAGAGGCUGGUUUUCUAUCAUAUGACUGAGAUGCUCAGAGGUGCAAACAAACAAAGGUGUUAAAGAAAGGCACUGGCAUGGCUUCCUACCUUACCACUCACAAAAUAGAUAUGAGACUUUGAAAAGUUACAACCUUCCUCACCCAUCAAACAUUUUCAUGAUCUAAAAGCAAUAUCCUUUGCCAGAUCAGAAAAAAUAGCUCACUUUCUAAUAUCUGAGCGAUUUUUCAAGGGAAAUUCCAAAUGAUAUUUUAAUAAUAUAAUAAUAUUUACAUUCUACUUAUCAAUGACAAAGCAAACUGAAAAGGAUUUACAAAGAUUAAAACCAAAAUUAAAUGCAGAAUCUUCUAAGGCCCUUCUUCGUGGGCCUUCUCUUCGAGAGAUCCAGAGGGUGGCAACACGAGAACAGGCCUUCUUUGCCAUGGCUCCUCAUCUGUGGAAUUCUCUCCCUCAGGAAGUUUGCCUGGCACCUUCAUUAUACACCUUUAGGCGCAAGGCAAAAAUGUCCUUUUUUAACCAGGCCUUUGGUUGAUCUGAUUGACAUCCUAUGCCCUUUUAAAAUGUGGCUUUUUGGUGAGGGGGGUUAUUAUGUUGUUGUUUUUAUUUUUAUUAUAUAUUUUGGUUUUAUAUUUUGGUUUUGUUCUGUGAACUGCCCUGAGACCUCUGAGUAUAGGGUGGUAUAUAAAUAGUAGUAGUAGUAGUAGUAGUAGUAGUAGUAGUAGUAGGGAAAGCUUGAGCAAACAGGUGCAUUUCCAAGAAAAUUUGGAAUCACAAACAGUUGUUACCUUCCAGAUGUAAGGAGGGAGGGCAUUCUAGACGUAGGCUUCAGUAUGGAGAAACUUCUCAGGGAGGUAUGCCAGACACCCAGCAAAUACAUGUCACAUCCACUUAGAGGGUUUUAAAAUUAUUUUUACUUUUUGAGCCAGCUUAGUCAUUUUUUGACCCUUUCUCCCUCUGUGUCUGACCCACAUAAAGACGCUUAAGUAUAAGCAAGCCCAUUUGUGCUACUGUUAUCAGAAAAGUAGACAACUGAUAUAUUGUACAAGCCAAAUAACUUUUUAAAUGAAAGAUAAGCGGCUCUAACAGAGAUAUCAAUAUAACCAAAUUUCCCACAAGGGAGGCCUCAUCACCUGCAACAAAUUAAAAUAACACAAGAUGAAUGAAGAACAAAACAAAAGCAUGGACACUGAGGCUUUGACACUUUACACAUUUACCUGGAAGUAGUCCUCUGCAACUCAAUAGAGCUAACGUCUGAGCAGGCAAACAUAGGCUUGCACUGCCAGCUCUAUCUUUCCAGCUUGUAAAUCAAGGAGAGCGUCACUGUGAAGAAAAGGACCCUGCCUGCUUGAGCAGAGAAGUGCUUUAAUCUAGAAUCUCACAUUUCCCUUUCCCCUCAAAAUCCCCCGUGCUACUCCAAGAUUUAAAACGGUUCGGAUUUCCAGCCCCCACAGGUCCUCUCCCUUACUCCACAAGAUGGCAGCAUGAAACAUGUCACCAGAGCUUUGUUGGCAAAACAGAACUGCAGCUGUGCAAGAAGUAUGGGGAAUCCCCUCUAGCAAGCAACCAAUAUUUCCUAUUAUGAGCAUGUAGGUUCACAACAGUAGAGUUCCAUUGCUUUAACGCGAGGGCCACAGCCAACUUUUUAUUCAGAAAAUGUAGGAAUGUUUAAGUAGAAAAAUUGACAUGGCAUACAUUCACCGCCUCCUUCUACGCUAGGGCAAGCUUCACAUUGCUCUGAGUAGCUUCUGACAGAAGUUUACCACAGCGAGGUGCCUCCCCUCUCUCUACUCCCUUCUCUCCCCUUGUUCAGUUUGGAUGAAACCCAAUCUCUGCUGGCUGCCUUGUGCCACACAAAUAUCUCCCAGAGUGCAAAAUCUUUAAUGCAUACUGUACUUUCCAUUUGAGCACUCCCUAGAGCGUUGGAGUUGAGCCAAUUUUUCUCACAGGCUAAAGUUUCCUCUCUGUGCUGAAGGCGCCUGCCGAACUUCUAAGUAGGCUCGACAUUUGCUGGGAAGUCAAACUCAUGGUGCCAGACGGAAAAAUCAGUCAGAACUGGGGACAGCCACACACUAGAUAAAGUUUGGGGUUUUUAUUUUGGUAUAACUUUUUAGCGGGCACAAUAGCUUUUUCUCCACUUGCCCCAGUUAUUUAUAUGCACUAGAUUUCAACUAAAUAAUGCUACAUACCCAGUUGGAAGAAGACCAGUUUUUUUUUACCAACUCUCAUUUUUCUUUCCUGGCUUUGGCUACCAUUUUACUUGACUACCGUGAGUACUGAAACACUGGAUAUAUUAGCAGACCUUUGCGAAAUACUGGCAAAAUAUACUGCUGUAUAGUCAAUGUUCUGGGAAAAGGAUUUGCAAAUUUUGAAGCUCAGUCUUCCAAAUAAAAUUAUUCCAAUGUUUAUUUAUUUUUAUAACCCAUUCUGUUCCAGAGGCUCAGUGCAGGUAAUCUCAGAGGGAUUAUUUGUUUGUUUGAUUGAUUCAAUUCCAUUUAUGGGUCAUUUUCCAUGAAAUAUGCUGAAGCAAUUUCACAGUAAACAAAAAACAAGAAACCUAUCAACAAUAAAAAAACCAAUUACAGUGUGUGUGUUUGUGUGUGCAUGCGUGUGUUUGUAUGUGUGUGUGUGUGUGUGUAAAAACCUUUUUAAAAAAAAAUCCAUAUAUAAAAACAAAACAAAAAAAUAAUAUGUAAAAACAAUUUCAAAUCCAAUGAAGAUACAGGUGGGAAUAAGUAUUCAAAUUCAAUACAGGCUGGGAGAAAUACUGUUUACUUCAGGCUUGAUGAAGUCCUGUGAGAACUUCACAAAGUCUCGCAAGACUUGGGCUGGGUGCAAACCAUGGAGUAUUUGGCUGGGCAAUAACUUCUACUGUCUGUCUCUUCAUUGUCACAAGUCCUGGCUAGGUAGUCACUAGACAUGGGCUGCAUCUAGACACAUCAAAGAAGCGUUUCAGUUAAACACGUUUUAAACUUUGUAUGACAAAUCGCGUUGGCAAAAAUGGAACUCCACACUGGUGUCACAGUGUCCUGGUGUCACAGUGUUAUAAUGCAUAUACAGUCAAACCUCGGUUGUCAAACAUAAUCCAUUUCAGAAGCCUGUUCAGCUUCCGAAAUGUUUGACAACCGAGGCAAGGCUUCCGAUUGGUUGCAGGAGCUUCCUGCACUCCAGGGGAAGCCGCAUCGGACGUUUGGCUUCCGGAAAACGUUAGAAAACCAGAACACUUACUUCCGGGUUUUUGGCAUUCAGAAGCUGAAACGUUCCAAAAUGGGGGCAUUUGGGAACAGAGGUUUCACUGUGCGACACUUUUUCUUUACCAAUCUAGCUGAGUCCUUACCCCCCCCCCCCAGUACAUUAAAACCCGGGGGGGGGAUGUUAAUACAUACGACCCAGUCUAAAAGGUCAUAGAUAGUUACGAGUCAAAGGCCUGGUUAAAAAGGAAGGUUUUUGCCCAGCACCUGAAGAUAUAUAAUGAUGGCUCCAGGUGCACCUCCCUAGAGAGAGUAUUCCAGAAUGCACCAGGAAACUGCAUCAGAGAAUCCAAACACAGUGUUACUUUCCCUUUUCUUUCAUUCUAAAUAAAAAGGAUAUCUACUGCCAUGCAAACAACAAUUCCUGCAUUGCAGGGGGCUGGACUAGACAACCCCUUGGAUCUCUCCCAACUCUACAGAAUCUGUGAUUCUGAUUCAAAGGUCUGGAGUACUCUUAGGAUUGCACUGUGAAUGGCUGUUCCCAUGGGUUGGUUUUUGUUUUUUUUAACCCGCAGCAGAAAAUAGGCAUUGAUACCCUUGCCUAACCCAGUAAUCCUCUUUCAUUGACAGGCUAAGCAACUGCAAAUAGCACAUUUCAAAGAAAAGCAUCUCUAAAGUACACUUACUCCCACUGCUGCAUCAAGGUAGUUGUACUCCCUUGACGGCUGUGUCUUCCCGUAUGUAGUUUUGGAUACAGAGGAGACUUGACAGAAGUUAUUGGGCUCAAGUAAUUUUCUUUUAUAGUGCAAAGAAUUAUGACAAGCCUUAACAUACUUGAAUCAAAAUGACAGACCAUGAAAUAAUGUUUUUCACUUUACGCCGCCUGCCCUGUCUGACCCAGCUAUCAAUUGAGUGGCCUGCCACAAUGAUUAUUUCGUCUGUCACAAUGAAAAUCUUUAUUGCAAACUACAAAUGCUCCUUUGCUGAAAAGCCUUCCCUGCCCCAGAGACAACCUCGAUUUAACUUUGUGCUUAUAUGCAGCUCUGAAUGGAACACAGCAGCCUAUACAGGAGUAAGUUCCAGGUUAUGUUACUUGCAUUUCAGUUCCAAAUAAACAUGUGUGUUUAAUGCCUGGAAUUAUCAAAAAUGUGAGUUUUUUCUUUUGACUCUUUGUUUGGAGGGAUGCUUUUCUUUUUUAGCAUUUUGAGUUAUAUCCAAUGGACUCAAGUUAGUCCUGUCCAUUAAUUGUAGGGAGCCUACUUGGAGUAUGACUAAUAUUGAAUUCAAUCCUACUAUCUUAAGUCUUUUUUCCUAAUAUUAAUGAGGGGGGGGGAAGGAGUUGUGUUGCAGAUGGACAAUGGCUACCAUUUAAUUUUUCUUUUAAAAUAGCCCCCCCCCCCCCGCAAUAUUAUGAUAGAAGUGUUUUUAGAAUUAGAUCUGCUGUGGGAGUGAAUUGCCAUUUGAUCUGAACUGAAAAGUGUAGCUACCUUUCUUCACACACCCCUCCACUAUAAAGCAGGUGUGUGUACCAAGUCAAAACAAAUCAAUAAAUUCAAUCAAUUAAGUUUAUUGUUCUCCUACAGUGAAUCAAUAUAUAUCAACUAUUCAGUCAACUGGCCAAUCGUUUUGGUUACACAAACUUUGACAUUUGAUUUAAGCUGCUAAUUACUGAGAAGAAAACCCGAUCAUCUAAUGCUCAGUUGCAGAAGAAAAAAGGGGAAAUCAAUAAUACAUUCAUACACAGCAAAAUUCUCUCUAAAAAAUGAGAAGGAGGCCUAGGCCAAUAAAUGUUACAAAAAGCAACAUCAGCUUCGAUGUUAACAAAUAGGAAAACCUCCCCCUUUAACCUCUAGCUCCCUUUGAGCCAUUACAAAUAGCUACACCAAAGGGCAGCUGUCUUAUGUUGCCCUUUGGCACUCAGCUCUGGUGCCUGGCCUUAGUUUCCAGCUAACUAGUUAGGAGUGGCCCCAGGUGGGCAGUGCCACAGCAAUAGCAGUCCUACUUGCCACAGCUAGUGCAUUCCAGAGACCAGGGGAUCAGGAAGCCAGGGGUGCCCUAGCAGCUAAGCAAACAGUUAAUUGGCUCAGGCUACAAGUUGUAAAAGCAACUGCAAAACCCUGAAAAUAUAUUUAAGUGUUGCCAUCAAAUUUUAGGAAUUACAGGUCUUAACAAAAAAAUAUUACAAAUCUAUGCACACUGAAUCGCUAUCAGUGGGACUUCCGGGGUGGCGCCAUCGGCAAUGGCGGACUCCCUCUGAACUGGAGGGACUAGCUCUGCGUGAAACGGGUCUUUUCCGCUACGGCGAAGCGGGGACCCUGCUAAAAAUCACAGGCGGAUGAAGCCUGUGACCAUGGGACUCGGCGGGCACCCUUAGCGCCCCCCCAACCCGCAAAGGAACCCACUAACGGGCUCCGAAGUGAAGAGGGGGAAGUGGCGCGGUGCUGUGAGUCAACUGCUAUUUCUGUGGAGCGAAGCCGCAUAGCCAUUGCCGGAGAGCGCUGCCUUUUUCCUGGGUCAAUUUGGCUUCUAAAAUAAGCACCCGUGAGUACUUAAAAUUUGAACAAUCGGACUUUAAAUAAGGACUUGCGAGCAGAAAGGAAUUGGACUUAAAAAUUUACUUCAAUUUGGUACUGAAACGGGAAGGUCUAAACAGGAAGUCAACCUUCCUUUCUUUGUAGACAGAAUAAAGCAAAGACAACGUAAACUAGAGCUCAGAAAAUCGCUUCUAAAGGAUUGGCUUUCAUCAUUUAAAAUUGUUGAACCCCCCUUCGGCAGCAGGAGAAGAAGGGGGAUCUUUUUUGGACUGUUUAAACCUGCAGAAGUGAGUUUAAAGUAAAGUAACUUUCUACCGUCCUGAUCCUGGAGCAGGGUGUCAGGACUGACGUUUGAAGCUCAUUGACCAGAGACAAACGUUUUUGACAGAUAGUUAAAGGAAGAGAAACAUAGUGAUUCCACUGUUUCCUUUCGCAUUUUAAAGGAACAAAUAUUGACAAAAUAUCUCAAAAAGGAUACUUUGUUGCAAGAACAAAUAGAAGUUCUCCCCCUAGAGGGAGACUGUGAAACUGUAACUAAUUCCAGGGAGCUUGCAGCUGUCACAGAUUACAGUUGUGGGAAUGGACUUGUGACCUUGUAGGACAAUGUAUUCAGAGGCUCUGUUGUGUGCUCUCUGGAAAACAAGUGCCCUACUGGAACAGUUAAAUGAGAAGAUGGAUUUGAUGACUAAUGCGGCCAGAAUUUUUGAACAGGCAGUGGGAAACUAUGUGAAGCCCACCCAGGAAUUAGAUCAGGAGUGUGUCCUGACAGAGCAGAUGAGAGAAGAGGAUGUUGCUGAAUCUUGGGCGCCUGAGAUGGAGGGAGCUGCGGCCUUGCAGGAACAUGAGCUUUUGGAUUUGACAAAUGAACUUGGAAAAAGCCAGAUUUGGAAAGAUAAAGUUUGGAUUGGUUUGGAAAUGGGGGGUUGGAUAGACCCCCCUAUGCAGGGAUGUUUGGACUUUCCGAAUCUGGCAAUGGGCCGUGAGAUGUUUGGAGCUGUGGGGGCUCUCAAUUUUGGAGGGAUUCUGAAACAUGUUUUUAAAUACCACAUGGAGUUGAGUCUGGACUAUGGAAAAGGGGCUGAUUUGUUGAAAAGGGUCAAAAACAUCACCAAGCUGGAGUUCCCACGAGUGAAAGGAGAAUAUGAAGAAGAGCUGCGGAAGGGACAUGGAAGAGAUUUAAGGGCCUCGGAUAUAAGGUUACCAGGUUAAUGCGCUAGAUCGAUGGGAUAAAAAGGACUGACAAAACCCGGGACCAGGAGGAAGGGAUGCUGGAUGAAGACUGGAUUAUUUUUAUUUCUUGUUUUUAUUACCAGGAUUGUUUUAUAAAAUUGAUGAAUGUUAGAAAAAUGCUGGAACGAAAUUACUUGGCUCUAGCAAAAAUGUUUAAAGAAUUAGGUAAGAAUAUUAUGGUUGUGAGAAGUCGGUAAAAAUAAGAUUUAAGUUUUAAGUUUUUAAGGUUUUCUAUAAGAUAAGAUGAAAAUAGAUUAAGGUAAUGUAAUGACAGAAUAUUACGAAAUAUGGAAAGGAUUUGCUGCGAUAAUUAUUAACUAGGAUACUAAAAAAGGGAGGAGGAGGAGGUCAAAGAAAGAAGGUAAUGAGAGUUGAGGAUUUGAGAAUGAUGGAUUUAUUUUUGUCUGUUUGCGGUGUAUUUUUGUUUUUUGAAUUUGUAUUGUUUGAUGUGGUUUGUUUUUUCUUUGUUUCUUCUUUUUUCUUUUUCUGCUUUGUUUUUUCUCUGUAAUUUAAAAUUUUUUCAAUAAAUAUCAUUUAAAAAAAAAAAUGAAUCGCUAUCAGUGACAGUAUAAAAAGGUUCUCUGAAACAAACAUUUGCACCAGCCAUCUGAACAACAACAGAGUCUGGCGAGUCUUUGUCAAAAGAGAGUUUCAAACGGCAGGUACCACCAACAAAAGCCUUACAGGAUUCUCAUGUUCUAAGAAUAUGCCAGAUGCCACUUUCCUGACAUUUCCUGAUCCCAGUUCAUUCAGGGUUCUAAAGCUAAGAACCACUGCCUUGAAUUCUGUCUGGAAACUAACUGGCAAUUAGUGCUGUUCUUUUAGUGCUGGUUUAAUUUGAGCUUUGCAGUAGGUCUCAGAAAAUAUCUUGGCUGACACAUUUUGAACUAAGGUUGCCCGGUCAGGAGUGUUAGGAUAUUUCCGUUCCACCUUAAAAGGGAGCAGGCUUUGUGAGUCACACAGCCUGCGUAUUUCCUGUUUCACAGGAUGUUUCUGUUGUGUCUUUGUUUUCUCUCUCUCUGUGUCAGAGACACUGAAGCAGGCAGUCAUGUUUUUUGUUCUGAACAACGCUGAUUAAACUUGUAAAUAAUGCUCUCCUGCGUGCAACUUUUGCUGUGCAUUAUCUGCUGCUAGAGCGUGCAUGAUUUCUGGAAUGUGGCAGGCUAUUUCUGGAGCUCGUGUCGCUAAUUGCUGAUACUGUACUGUAUCUACGGGAGAUCGAUGGAUCGUCCGGAAAGGACUUGUGGGGCCAUGAUGGACUUUGUCUCCCUGGCAGUAUCCCAACAAGGAGCACCCCAGAUCCAAGUGAUACAGGAGGCAUUUUGACACCUGUGCGUAUGAAUGUCAACACAUAUGAAACUGAUGGCAGUGCUUCUUUGUAGCUAUUAGGCUAUUUUUGCUUUCCGUUUCCCAAGUGAGGGACGCUGUGGCAGUAGGACAGCACCUUCUCAUUUCGCCUCAGGAGGCAAAACAGGGUGUGCUGCCUCUGCAAGUACCCAAUCUGCCCCCAAUUCCCAGGGCUAAAUAAUAUCCUCUAGUUAUUUCAGAAUAAAUCUACUAUUGUUGGGAGUUUUCACUGUGCAGUGGGAUGUGAUUUUCAUAUGGAUCCAUUAUAAAUAUCAUAAGCAAUUUAUUCAUAUUUCUAUUAUAUAAACAUGCCUGUGUAUAUGGGUUCUUUUGUACAUCACUUUUCAGCUAUGAUUUUAAUUAAAAAAUAAUUAAGCAGGGCCAUUGAAUUUCAUGUGUACCUGCUUCUUCAGAUGCUCUGUUUAAUUAUAUACAGCAGUGGUAAUUUGUAGGGUCAGGUCCUAACCAUACAAAGGGACAUACAAAACACAGGCCCAUUCAAUCAAAGCCCCUGUGCUAUAUGCAGAGACAAGACUGACCCUUUCCCCUUCUCUUCUUUUUAGGGUCUGAGUACACCGAUGCUUCGCUGCCCUUCACAAAGGCUGCUGGACCGAAUAGUGCGGCGAUAUGCUGAAGUGGCAGAUGCUGGUAGUGUCUACAUGGACCACUUCACCGACCGGGAUAAAUUGCGCCUCCUCUACACACUCUCAGUUAAUGCACAUCCCAUCAUGUUACAGGUACAACUCCAUCUGUCUUCCUGUGGGGUAAAUUACCACCCUAUGACCCAAGUUCAAGUCAUUUUGACCAGCUGGAGCUACAGUAAACCUGGUUCGAAAAUAGGGAUCAGUAGGUUUCAUAGCCACUCUGCUGCACAGAGAACUGCAGGAGCCUAAAUUUACAAGCCAAGUGGACUGGACACUUGCCUUGACAGAGAUCAAGAACAACCUCGUAAAAUUGGAAUCAAUGCACACUGUACUGUGACUCCCUCUCUGAGAAGCUGUGCUCAAAUGAAAAAUGGCAGUGGGUGGGAGUAUUAUUUUGUUUAGCAAAAUUGUGUGGUACUUAACCACACAGGUUCUGCUGAACUGAAGAGAGUCAUGAAGGCCAAUUCAAACAACCAUAUAGACCCACACCCUCUCAGUGCAUACACACAACAUAUUGAAUAUAGGCACAGCAAGCCAGACCCUUUGAAUUAGCCAUUAUUAAACUCCCUGAAGUAUGCAACAUGAACCGAGUGACAAAAAUGCACACUAGCCAAUUCACAGGCUAAUUCACACAGCUGGUUUCCAACGUGCACACUCUAGCCAUUCAGAAAGAGAAAUUAAAAAGUCAGCACAGACUAAAAAGAGAAGCCCCAAAGUGGUGUUGUCCAUCAAACUUGAGCCUACAUCAUACAAAACCAGAGGGCUGUAUUUUAAGCUGAGAGGGUGUUUUUUAAGCAAUCAGAAAUCCUGCUAAGAUGCUGAAUGAGGCCUUAGUGAUAUAUUACAUGCAACAUCUUGAUAGCCAACAUUAGGUGCAUAACUUGACAAUUUUAUAUUUGGAAGAAUCUAAGAGGGCAACAUGUUCCAUUUUAUUAAAUCUUUACUUUUGGAAAUCAUGGGCAUAUUUGACCAACUUCUAGUGAAUGAAACCAAUGGUUCAUAUCCCACAAAACUAUGGACCCCAGACUGAUAUGAUAUGAAGGUCUUUGGGAUGCCAAGUGGAAGACUUUUGCAGAUAUGAGUCUCCUUGUGUAGGGGUGUCAUGUCAAGGACUGAACCUGGGGGCCUUGCACAUGCAAAAGAUGGACACUACUGCCAAGCUAAAGCACAUAGCCGCAACCACUCUAGAGGUGGUGGUUCUUUUCCACCUAGCUGUGUAUCUCUGUUGUUUUCACAAAAGAAGCACAUCAUGAUUAUUCACAUUUUUCUUCCUUAAUGUCUACAAAUGUAGAAACAAGCAUUAACCUAUAAUAAAACUCCAUUAAAUACAAUGGGGCAUAUUACUGACUCAUAUGAUUCCUUAGGGUGUAUAUCUAAAGCCUUGGAGUAGCUGUUAAACAGUUUAAAGCUGACCCUUGCGUUAACUUCAGCCCAGAUUGUUGAAGGUGUGCUUAAAUUGGUCUUAACUUUUUAUUUCAGCGGGUCAGCAAGUUCUUAUGGGAAAAGAAAGUCCUGUUAGCAUAAUUCCUUCUUCUUUUCUCCUUUAUGAUUAUUGAAAACUUAACAAUACAUGUUUUAUCUUUAUGUUUUACUUUGCAUUGUUACCUUCACUAAGUUGGCGUCUGAGAAUACCUUUGUCAACACAUAACAAUGUUAUCAGAAGGGACAACCCUGUUGCACAGUCUUCGGUGGGUAGUGGCUGCCCAUCAAAAAGGGUGAGGUGAUCAAUCAGCAUUCAUUGUUACUUAACAGGGUAAUAGGAACAACUAUUAUUUCUUAUAAAAUCUUCCUUUUUCUGGCCAUUACCAGUGAACACUGAUUUAUGGCUGAUCGCCUUAGCCAUUUUGAUAUCUGGGAGGAGACCGUGACAUUGGUUUGCCUGUUCUGAGUAAAGAGAGGACACCUAGAAAGGGGAGGUUUUUAUUCUGGCUGCCUCAAGAGAAGAAAUUUUACCAUUUUGGAAGUGGCUGGCAGUUUUUGCAUGAAUGCUGCUGUUGCAGUGGGACGGAUACUGCUAUUGGAGCUGUGCACUAGGUUGGCUGAGGGCCCAGCCAAAUCAGGCAUAUAUGGAGGGUCUCAGAUGAGUUGGGCACACACAGCCAUUGGUCAGGUUGGAUUGGCCCAGAGUGACUGGUGGCUGUAAGGAGGGAGGGCAUAAGGCAGAAAGGAGAGCUGGGCAGCAUGUGAAAUAGGCCAGUGGAUGCACCUUCCCAAAAGAAAGUAGGCCCAAGCAGUGGCUCUCCUUCCUCCGUGAUGACUUACAGGAUCAACAGCUGUAGAGCUGAGGCAUAGAUCCUGCAUAGGACUGGAUCCUCCUCCUUAACAGCUGUUAAACUGUACUACCCAAUCCAGGCAUAGGCAAACUUGGCCUACCAUGUGUUUUGGGACUACAGCUCCCAUCAUCCCCAGCUAACAAGACCAGGGGUGAUGGGAGUUGUAGUCCCAAAACAUCUGGAAGGCCGAGUUUGCCUGAUCCAAUCUUAUGCUGUGCUGGGGCCCUAACAGUUUAAAAGGGACUUAAGGGUUAAACAAAAUGGUGAUGGGGAGACUUAGUUUUGGGGACAAAUCAGGGAUGGGUGGCCCCCAGGAUAGCAUAUUGCCCUGAUAUGGGGGCCUCAGAGCAGUGACACAGGGUGGAUUGUUUGUGGACAGCCCUAAUUGCUGUGAAUGCUCUUGCAGUGUGUUUGCUUUGACACUUCAUAAUAUACCUGCUCGGAAGUUAUGAAUUCGAGUAAACAAAAUACGACAAAACAUUGCAAUCCUUCAGUGCUCACUUCUUCAAAAGGUGUGGUGGAACUUCUGGUGAGGAGGGCAAAACAAUGCACAAGUUAAGCUAAGAUCGAAGGGGCUUUUUAAAAGGUGGGGCGUAGUCUUACCUUCACAUCAUCGCAUAAAUAAUCCCACAUUUGCACUAACACAUUUUGUGUCCUCUCUGUUGGACAGAUUUUCCCUGGAGCAGAAGGGUGGCCAUUUCCAAAAUACUUGGGGUCCUGUGGCCGGCUGAUAGUCACUACCAGCACCAGACCUUUGAAGGAAUUCUAUGGCUCGUCUUCUGAUGUGGCAGCAGACCUAGCUCUUCAGCUCCUUGCUAUCAUCAAUUCCAUGAGGAACAAUGACCUGAACUAUUUAUUCUACUUUACCCAUGUCGAUGCUGGCACAUUUGGCGUUUUCAACAAUGGACAUCUGUUUAUCCGGGAUGCCAGCACACUGGGAGUCAUUGACAAGCAGGAAGGUACUCAGCUUCAUCUUUGAAUAAGCAUCUGUCACAAGAGGAUAUGAUGAGGCAGGAGGGGGGGAAUAGAUCUUUAGCUUCAAGCUUUUUGAUGGUAGAUCAGUUAAUUAAAAGGAACGAAAGGUGACAAUCUGUAUACCAAUAAGAUUCUGUGCAACUGGAAAUUAGCACAAUCAGCAUAACUCCAACACACAUACAUGAACAUUCAUAUUAUAGCAGAAAAUUGUCAGAUUACCAAAAUGACCACAUGCACACUCCUAAAUGUACCCACCUGAAGGAAAGCCAGAGAGCUCCAAAGCAAAGCAAGACAACUAGACGUAUAAGUUUGGGAAAAAGGAAGAGAAAUAGCUAGCUUUCAGCUAGAAGAAAAAAACUGAGGAAAGUGCCAGGAUGGAUGGUAAAACAAAAAACCUAUAGUCAAAGCAGCUGGGGAAAACAUUCUACAUGGUCCAAUCCUGGGCACCUGACAAACACAGGUAAUCAGAGAGAACAAGCAGCAUAAAUAUGGGUAGUAAGCAAUCAAAGCACAUGAGUUUACCAAGGGUAAUAUGUAAACUAAAGGAGAGAUACUCCAGGUUCCAGCAUUUUAAAAAUGGGCAACCUGCCCCACCCAUCAAGUGAUCCUGGGACCAGCUACUCGCUUUAAUCUAUUAAAAGUAUGCCCAACUUCUCUGGAGAAAUAUGGAGAGAAAAAGAGGUUCGUGAUUAAUGCCUGCUCUGUUGUUUGCCGGGCAGUUUGAAGGUUUCCCUAAGGACAGAUCCCCCGUCCACAAGUUCUUAGAAACAGCUGAGGCAGCCUCGAGCAGCUUUCACAAAAGGUAGACCAUUUGACUGAUGAGGCUCGCAUUUCCUGUACAUUUUAUAGCUUUUACCUGAAACCCAGUCCUACAAAGUUUAGAUCUAAUUUCAAAAUGUAAGAUCAAAGCCCAAAUUGAGAAACAUUAUGUACAGUACAGUCCUUCAGAGGACCGUCUCAUUUCAGAGUUCAAGGAGAGUCACAUGACUGAAUGCUCAAUAUGUCCCUGUACAUGGAAAGAUAUGUCAGGGAGAGGGCUGGGACACAACUAUUCUCUCAAACAUAAUAUGUAAUAUGGACAGGAUAAAUAAUUAAUUAUUCAUCAUAAUUAUCAUCAUGGAAGAUCCUUGUUCUUAGACAGGCAUAGGCAAACUCGGCCCUCCAGCUGUUUUGGGACUACAACUCCCAUCAUCCCUGACCACUGGUCCUGUUAGCUAGGGAAGAUGGGAGUUGUAGUCCCAAAACAUCUGGAGGGCCAAGUUUGCCUAUGCCUGUUCUUAGAAGAUGGGAAGAGAUGGAGGCCUCAUACCUUGCCAAAGACCUGGCAGGAUAAAACUUCUGUUCUUCUACUAGCUCAUACCUUUUCCCUGUGGAACAGUCAAGACAAGUUGAUCCAUUUGUAAUUCAAUUGACCAUCUAAUCUAAAUUUAAACACUGCUGAGGUGUAUAAAGAUAAUAUUUGCUCUCAUGAAAUUGUGGCACCUGAAAGAUUAACAAAUUAUUACUGCAUAAACCUUCAUGAAGUACAGCCCACUUCAUCAGAGGCUUAUGCCAUAAUAAAUGUUAGUCUUUAAGAUGCCCUGACAUUCUUUUGUUGUUUUUGCUGCAAUGCAGACUAACAUGGUCCUCCUUCUGGAAUUGGUUCAUAUAUGUUUAUAAUCAAAGCUUCUCAUUACUUUCUGUUAGGCAAGCAGUUGAUGGACGGACAACAGGAACAUAAGGACAUAUUCAGCUGCCUGGUUACAGACUGCCAGUCUGAGCUUCCCUCCUGUAAUUCCAUCAAGGAUACACAAAGCCUCAUCAUGGUUUGUGAGGAACUUUUGCCUAAACUCUUAAAGGAAAAGUUUCUGCCUCCUGUCCAGGAGAAGAUUGACAGAGCUCUGAGCAGGUGUGCAGACAGCUUUCUAACUGACCAAGAAGUCAUCAGGGCAGCUCAAGUGCUGGAAGAGAUUUUGAAACCUCUGCAGACUUGUGAUCCUCGUUUUGCCUACCACUAUCCUGAUUGCAAAUACAGAGAUAAACCCUAAAAGGAAAGCUUGCUGCCAUCUACCUACUACUUCUACCUUUGAAGUCAAAAUAAUAGAAUCAUCCAGGAAAUCCCACAGUGGGAGGCAAACACUGAUUUUACCACCAUUAGACCUCCACUUUGCAAACAUUCCAUGAUGAAACUCAGUGGUCCUGUUGGGGUUGCUCUUCAAAGGUUCACAGCACCUCUAUUAGCUCCUUGUUACUGGCCACCACAUUCCAACUUCUCACAUUUACCUUGCUUUUACAAAUGCCUUCAGCAAGAUCAAUGCAAAUCUCACAAGCUUGUUGUUUAAGAGGAUGCUAAAGAUGAACUGAGCCAUUGUUACAAUGGUGACUACUUUCUUUCUAGGAAACUGCUCUCUAUGGCUUUGCUGACUACUUGUAGGUUAUGGAAUCAAUUGUCCCUUUCAGGACAACAUAGACAUCCCUGCCCUGUUGCAGAUCACUCUUCCCUCUCCUCCACUUCUGUUGGAAAUGUGAAACACACAUGGGUAGCUCCAUCUUUCCAACUGCAAGCUUUCUGCUCCUUGUUCCCUUUCCUUCUGGGCUGAGUCAGGGAAGGCAGGGAAAGUAUAAGUUGCCAGAGGCACACAUGGCCCCACUAGCAAACUGCCUGUGCUUUACCUUAUUCCAUCAUAUGUGCUUGAAAUCUUCCCUUUCUUUAUUCUGUCUUCAUACCCAGAGCCAUUUUUUUUUGUUCCUAUGACAAAUGAGCCAGGAUUCUGUGGAGAAACACAGAACAUUAACUGAAGGGGUUGCCCACUCACAGCAGGAGUGGGAAGGAAUUUUUGCUGACACCCCAGCUCCUCUAGAAAGAUAGAUGAAGAUCACAACCGCUGUAAUGGAUUACUAUUGAUUUAAUGUGAGAUGGGAUCAUAACAAGAGGUACUUGCCCAGAUGGAGAAGAUGGAGAUAGGGUGAUGGGCUUGAAAAAUAAGAGAGAGUCACUUGGCAAUGGAAGAUGGUGAAUGCAUAAGGGCAUUAUUCAAGAUGAUGGUUUGAUGUAUGAAGGAGUGGUCCAAGUAUAUGGAGCAAUACAGAAGAAGUUAUAGGGUAUGAGGAAGAAAUAAAGGGAGUUGGAAAACAAAUGCAUUAUCUGUCCUUUUAUAAUAUGGGCUGGGAGCUGAGCUUGCUACCCCCGUUUAAAAGGGUCAUCACUGUCUGAUGCUGAAAAGCAUCUGGCGGGAAGGGGUGGACUGUGGCAUGGUGAGGACAGGCCACUGAGGGCCCUUUCCAAGCCCCUGGGUCCCUCAGCCAGCACCUGAUCUGGCCAACUGCUGAAAGCAAGUCUGACAUCAGGGAUGGGGAACCUGUGAUCCUCUGGAAAUUGUUGGGGUUUGCCUUGAAAGAUAUUUUGAAAAUUCAACUAGUGCCGAAUAUUGUAGUCAGAAUGCUGAGGGGUGCCAGUAAAUUUGGUUCUAUUACAACCGGAUUUAUGCAAACUGCACUGGUUGCCAAUUCAGUUUAAGGAACCUGGGUACCUUAAGGACUGCCUUCUUUCAUGUUUUCCCCCACCUGAGCCAAUCAUCAUCCAAAUUUCUGUUCCAGUUCCCUUGACCUUAUGAGGUGACACUAGUAUGUAACAAAGUUAGGAUUUUCUGUGUUGUAGCACCCACUUUAUAGAAUGCCUUGUCAAGCAAGGUGCAUUGGACACUACCAUUAUGUUGCUUUAGACCAGGCAUGGCCCAACUUGGCCCUCCAGCUGUUUUGGGACUACAAUUCCCAUCAUCCCUAACCACUGGUCCUGUUAGCUAGGGAUGAUGGGAGUUGUAGUCCCAAAACAGUUGGCAGUCUAAAACCUGCUUUAGACUGUUAGUGAAGAUGUGGCUCUUUUAAAGGUCUUCAGCUGGCUCAUUAAUUUAUUUGCUGGGGCAGUUUUGUACCAUUUGAUGGUUCCUUUAGAAUUGUUGUUUGUUUUUAAUGUUAAUAUUUUGAUUAUAGAAUUAAGCUUAAUUUGGGGUUUGCUGCCUGUUUUAUAGUAUUCGUUAUUGAUUUGAUAGCCUGACUUGUAUGUUCUUGGGAAAUUAUGUUAAAAAUAAACAAAUGAGGCUCCAUCAGCCCUAGUGAGCAUGGCCAAUAGUUAGGGAAAUGGGAGUCAUAGUCCAACAACAUCUGGAAGAUCAGAUUCCCCGUCCUUGGAAUAAAGCACAGCAAAAUCACAAGCAGGUUCCUUUGGCUUGAGAAAACUGAAUGCCUGUAAUUCCUUCAUCAACCAAUGAAUGGGUUUAUGACUUUUGAGAAUAAUCAUAGUCUUAAACUCAAACUCAAUUUUGGCUCUAAAAGUAGCAUGCAUGUUUACUCCUGCUGUUUUUGCCCUGAACAAAAAACCCAAUCAGCAACAUCAGACAAUGAAACCUUUGCCACUACUGAAUUUUUUUAAAAAAAACCCAACACGUUUUAAAAAAUAAUCUCCAAGCCACUGGAAAGUUCAUUUAUGAAUUGCAAUUAUCUUAAGCCUUUCAAAGGAUUCUGUCUUGAGAUAGAAUUAUUACUAACCACAUAUUUGUGCUUUUAAAUAUUUACUGAGUUUGCUUCCACCUUAUUCUGAAAGGAAAACUAAACUGGGGUGGUGCCAAGAAUAAAGUUUUUGAGGGCUGGGGUUAAAAAUCCAAUCUAGCCUGCAGCUGUACAGUCAUACCUCAUGUUACGGAUGCUUCAGGCUACGUGUUUUCGGGUUGCACACCGCGGGAAACUCGGAAGUACCAGAGCAGGUUACUUCUGGGUUUCGUCGCUUGUGCAUGCGCAGAAGCACCAAAUCGUGCAGACGCAGCGCUUCAGGAUGCAAACGCUGUAGGUUGCGGACGUGCCUCCAUCAAGGAUUACGUCCGGAACCCGAGGCUCCAUUGUAGUGAGUUUACCACAAGCUGCCAUUUUGAGUUUAUCACAAGCAAAUAUAAGAACUCUGUGUCUAUCAAAGAGAGAUACCUAGGGUGCCAUAGGAUAAGGCACUGAAACAACUAUUCUUGUUUUUGAGCCUUUGCUUCUAAGAGUCACCCAACCAACCAACCAACCAACCAACCACUUCUCUUGCAUUUGAAAAGUUAUGGCUGAACCCAUUAAUCCAACUUGAUGUGCAAAUGUUUCUUACUGUAAGUAACCAUACCGUGUGCCUAGAAGCCAGUCUCUAUCCUUGGGAAUAGCUCUUCCUCCUGUUCAGAAGAUAGGAUAAAAUUCUUGGCAUCUCCUGCAUGAAUGAAGUACUGAGUCUGUGGGCUAAAUUCUAGACCAGAGCUGCAAUGAUACUGACUUUUACGCAACUUCCAGAUCAUAGCUACAUGAUGCUGAAACUCUCAGGCAUGAACAAUGGCUCUCAAAGGUCUACUUCACAUAAGGUGAUGUUUAAGAGCUAUAGAUAACAUGUGAGUGAAAAUGCCAACCUACUAAAAUGAAGAAACUCAAUGAAGGCAAAACCAAGAAACAGACGGGCUGAUCCAAUGCUUUGUGGAACUAUCCUGGUGGAAAGUGAAGUGGGCCCCUGAACAAAGGAUCUUCCCUGUGUUGUCAAGCAAUGCUCAACCAGUUUGUGUCCAAAGCAAACAGAGUGAGUGCCAGGUUCUUUUCCAGGCUUUUACAAUUUGGGCACUGCUCAACAAAAUUUGGUCCUUGUCUUUAUGUAUGCUAGUCUAACUCUCUCCAAUGAAAGCAUCCAUGGCAGAUGGCCAUCCAAUCUCUGUUUAAAAACCUUCAAGGAAGGAAAGUCCAUAACCUCCCUGAGGGAGUCUGUUCAUCUGUCAAACAGCUCUUACCGUCAGAAAGAUCUUCCUGAGGUUGUGUCAGAAUCUCAUUUCUUGUAACUUGAAUCCAUUGGUUCGGAUCCUUCCCUCCAGGGCAGGAAAAAACAAGCUUGCUCCAUCUUCCAUGUGACAGCCCUUGAGAUAUUUGAAGAUGACUAUCAUAUCCCCUCUCAGUCUCCUCUUCUCCAGGACAAACAUGCCCAACUCCCUCAACUGCUCCUCAUAAGGCUUGUUUCCAGACCCUUGAUCAUCUUGGCCACCGGCCACCCUCCUCCACACACAUUCCAGCUUGUCAAUAGCCUUCUUAAAUUCUGGUGCCUAGAACUGGACACCGUAUUCAAGGUGUGGUCUGUUCAAAGUGGUACUAUGACUUCUGUUGAUGCAGAUUAGAAUAGCAUUAGCGUUUUUGGUGCUGCAUUUCCCUGUUGACGCACCUUAAGCUUGUGGUUUACUAAGACCCCUAAAUCCUUUCUUGUGUACUACUGGCAAGUCAGGCAUCUCCCAUCUUAUAUUUGUGCAGCUGGCUUUUCCUGCCCAAGUGUAGAACCAGACAUUUGUCCCUAUUUAAAUUCAUUUUGUUAGUUUGGGUCAAAUGGCAAGAAGACUGAAUCAUUUGGCACUAUAUGGCCAAAGGGUUCUUUUCACUCUGAAGGGUACCUCACCUGUGGGGGCUACUAUACGGAGGUACACUAUCCUGAGAGUUGUGAUAAGCAGAUAAACUACUGGGGCUUUAGUUCAUUUCUUCAUGGGCUGUAAAACAAGGAUUCCAUCAUCUCAUCAAAUGCAACCUAUAGAAAGUACUAGAGUAGGUACAGGUAAAGCAGGCUUAUUGAAGUAAGUUGCUCUGCUUCCUCCAGCACAAAGUAAAAUUAGACUUUCUGUGAACAAUCAGUCUGGUCAGUGAAUAGAGCCAACCUACAUUCUAAUACUUGAGAGGAGAUUGGAUUGGAUUAGCUAGGCUGGUAUCCAUUUAUUUCUGUUCUAUUCCCCGAAAUGUUUUCUGUGUUCCAAGUUGGUGUUCAUAUUAAAGUAACUGUAUCUGAUACAUCAACGUAUGUAAACUCUGGCUUUCAACAAUAUUCUGGUUUGGGGAAAUGCUGCUCAUUCUUUUAACUAAAGAGAAGCAUUUAAAAACUGCUAAUGUCAAAAGGAGGGGGUGCUUUGUUUCAGCAACAUCAAAUACCACAGUUAUGAAGCUGCAAUUAUCAGUGCACUUGAUGCAGAACUUUAUGAAUCAGUAAACUAAUCCACUGGGAUGAAUAAAGAUCUUGGAUUUAGAUUUAAUGUGUUUCCAUGUAACAGUUAAGAAAGUAUGGAAGCAAAUUAAUAAAAUAAAAUGCUAUUAUUAACUUUAAACUGUAAACAGAUAAGAUGCCCUAAAGGAUUAUAAUGUCUUUAAAAUUUACAAUUGAAUUUGAAUUACAAAAUAAGCAGUAAUAGAACAUGAUUUGUACUUAAGACAAUAUAGCCUUACACUUGCUCAAAAAAGCAACUGGAAUGUACAAAUCUUUUUUUGGUCAUCUUCUCAGAUAUCAGUCUCAUCAAAAUUCUAUUUUACUUGAUCAUACCUUGUUAAAUUUCAAGGUGUCUAGAGUUAAUCUUCAAAAUGCUACUAUUUUUGAGCUGUUAGCUAGGUAGGCUAUUUCUCAUUUCUUACUACUACGAUUUGGCAUCAGCUAUAUUUGUCUGUAAUUGCAAGAAGUGCAAUUUAACAAUAAACCAGUCUGAAGGACAUAUCAUAUCUUGAGGAUACAUACCAUAUAUAUUUUUUAAAAAUAUUCAUACUUUUGUAAGCAAUACUUUACAGUAGACACCUCAAAUCUACCAUAGAUGUAAAACUUAAAACGAGAAAAAUUUAGGCUCUAAUUUUUAUACAUAUAUUUAUAUUCAGUUUUCUAUAUAUAUUAUAUAUAUACACACACGCACAAGAGUAUAUAUAAAAUAUAUAUAACCAGAUUCAAAAAAAUCAACAAAAACGGGGCAAUGUACAUAAAUUUUUUUUAAAACUCAAACAAUACAAAAACUUUAAACAUUAAACAAUUUUAAUAAAAGUUUCUGUACAAUGCUAAGCAGUUUUAUGUACAUAUAGAAAAUGUAAUAGGAGUAGUGUUUGAAAUUACAGAACUCCUUAAAAUUUCAAUGGCAGGUAAUCUGGAAAAAAUAACAGCAUUCCAUUCACAAAUAUUUUCAAGCAAUAAAUAUGUAUUUAUAAAUAGUGUAAAUUUACAUCAAGAUUAGAAACAAAAUCACAAAUCUGAAGUUUAUUCUUUAGUCUAUGUGCAACCCAUUUAUCUUUGUGACUUGGCUGUUAAUUUUUUAAAAUUUCAUUUAGGAAACAAAAAGUAACCAUCAUGGUUUCAAAACAAGACAGAAUAACAU